AAACUGCUGAAUCGGCACUUUUCCACAGACGACGCGCGCCGGUACGUGUGGCCUCAGGAGAUGCCUCUCCGGAAGAUCAAGAAGAAGAGAGAACCAAACUGGAAAGAGUGGGACAGAUUGGCUCAGAAAGAAGGGCUGCGAGCGCCCAUCACGUCAGUCAACGGAGACGUCUACACGGGAGAAUGGAAAGACGACUUGAAACACGGGAAAGGGACGCAGGUGUGGAAGGCCAGUGGAGAUCUCUAUGACGGAGACUGGGAGGCAGGAAUGAGACACGAGUUUGGGACUCUGAGUGUGAGGGACGAGGACAGUGGAGAAUACAUUAAAAAGUACUCUGGUGGAUGGAAACACGACAAGAGACAUGGUUAUGGAACAAACUACUACAGCCAGAGAGAGUGCUAUGAGGGUGAAUGGCAGAGAGGUCAGCGAGGUGGCUGGGGAAGGAUGCACUAUUCAGAUGGAUCAGUCUACGAGGGAGAGUGGCUGGGGGACCAGAGGAGUGGGAAAGGACUUCUCAGAUUACCCAAUGGUAACCGUUACGAAGGCACGUGGGAACGAGACAUGAAGAAUGGCGAGGGACGAUUUCUUCACCAGGACAAGGGGCAGGUCUACUCCGGGACCUGGGUGGACGACGUCGCCAAGUGUGGGGUGAUGGAGGACGUGGACAGAGACUCCGCCCCCCACUCUCCUCCCUACCCCAUCCCCCAGUGCACCCUGGAGGAUUCAGAUGCUGUUUUGACUGCUGCCAGAGAACACCACCUCCAAUGA